AUAGUCUUACAGUCAGUUAUCCAAUAGACAGUUCCACGAACAGGAUCAUUGUCAACCUUUGAUACAAACUGGGGGAUUAGAAGACUCUUAAACACCUGUAGAGUUCAUGGGACAAGUGCAUCCGCUCUUUUCAUUCCCAGAUUGGCUUCAUUGGAAAUACUACAACCAUGGGCUUCCCUCUAUGCCUAUGUCUUCUCUCUUUGAUUUUCACAACUGCUUGUGGUUCAGGUUUUAGUGACGACUCAACACUUAAUGAAAACUCUUAUAAGGAAAAGUGGAUGGAGUCUAUACCUGAUGACAAACUCCUUUCAGCUGUUACUAUCCCCGGAACUCAUGAGAGCCUAACUCUGUACGGUGGACCACUUAUACAGUGUCAGGCUUGGACCUUGGAGAACCAGCUGAAAGCAGGAUUACGGUACUUUGAUAUACGUGUAGAGGCCAGUAUGUUCCACAACAUCCUUGAUGUCAUGGAUGGGCAUUUAGUACACACCAAGUUCCAUGAGGUGCUGAACAUUCUAUGGGAGUUCUUGGACAAACAUGGAAGUGAGUCUGUGCUUUUGAGAGUGACACUGCAAGGAAUAAGCAUGAAAAAAGCUGGAAAAUGUAUCAAAACAUUGAUUGAGACUUCUGAAGAUAGAGUAUGGACAAAGACAUUUGUCCCUAAAAUGCAAGAAGCAAGGGGGAAGAUCAUCUUCGUGCAGAGUACCAAUUUCAAUGUUGGAACACUUAACCAUGACACUUUUGUCACAGGCGACGACACAUUCAAAGACAUUGAAAACAAGAUGAAGAAGAUCACAAAACAUCUGAAAGAAGCUGAAGAGAAUUGUGGUCAUGCAUUGGCACUGACCGAUUCCUCCGCCACAGCCAUUUUCAAAGGCCCUAAAACUGUGGCCAAAGUGGUUAAUGGUCAGCUCAAUAAGCUCAUAGUUGAACUACAGACAGGCUCUAACAAACCAGACUGCUUGGGGGUAAUCAGCAUGGACUUCCCCAGUCCAGACCUCAUCCAUAACAUCAUUGAGGUCAAUGGAAAACCAGGGAGUGGUUCAUCUGAGCACUCAGAAGAGCCUGCAUCAGUAGAGCCUGCACCAGCAGAGCCUGAACAUACAGGUUUUAGUGAUGACUCAACACUUAAUGAAAACUCGUAUCAGGAAAAGUGGAUGGAGUCUAUACCUGAUGACAAACUCCUUUCAGCUGUUACUAUCCCCGGAACUCAUGAGAGCCUAACUCUGUACGGUGGACCACUUAUACAGUGUCAGGCUUGGACCUUGGAGAACCAGCUGAAAGCAGGAUUACGGUACUUUGAUAUACGUGUAGAGGCCAGUAUGUUCCACAACAUCCUUGAUGUCAUGGAUGGGCAUUUAGUACACACCAAGUUCCAUGAGGUGCUGAACAUUCUAUGGGAGUUCUUGGACAAACAUGGAAGUGAGUCUGUGCUUUUGAAAGUGACACUGCAAGGAAUAAGCAAGAAAAAAGCUGGAAAAUGUAUCAAAACAUUGAUUGAGACUUCUGAAGAUAGAGUAUGGACAAAGACAUUUGUCCCUAAAAUGCAAGAAGCAAGGGGGAAGAUCAUCUUCGUGCAGAGUAACAAUUUCAAUGUUGGAACACUUAACCAUGACACUUUUGUCACAGGCGACGACACAUUCAAAGACAUUGAAAACAAGAUGAAGAAGAUCACAAAACAUCUGAAAGAAGCUGAAGAGAAUUGUGGUCAUGCAUUGGCUCUGACCGAUUCCUCCGCCACAGCCAUUUUCAAAGGCCCUAAAACUGUGGCCAAAGUGGUUAAUGGUCAGCUCAAUAAGCUCAUAGUUGAACUACAGACAGGCUCUAACAAAUCAGACUGCUUGGGGGUAAUCAGCAUGGACUUCCCCAGUCCAGACCUCAUCCAUAACAUCAUUGAGAUAAACAGAAAUCCAGGAAGUGGUUCAUCUGAACAACCAGAACAGCCUGAACCAUUAGAGCGGGAACCUGCAAAGCCUCAGCCAGCCGAAGAGCCUGAACCAGUACAGCCUGAAACAGCAGGGCCUGGACCAGUAGAGCACGAGCCAGCGGAGCCUGAACCAGCAGAAACUCAGCCAGUAGAAGAGCCUGAACCAGCAGAGCCUGAACCAGUAGAGUCAGAGCCAGCAGAGGCUGAACCAGUAGAAAAGCCUGAACCAGCAGAGCCUCAGCCAGCAGAAGAGCCUGAACCAGCAGAGCCUGAACCAGCAGAGCCAGAGCCAGCAGAGGCUGAACCAGCAGAGGUUCAGCCAUUAGAAGCGCCUGAACCAGCAGAGCUUGAACCGGCAGAGCCAGAACCAGCAGAGCCAGAGCCAGCAGAGGCUGAACCAGCAGAAUCUGAGCCAGCAGGACCUGAGCCAGUAGAGCCUGAACCAGUAGAACCAGCAGAGCCAGAACCAGUAGAGCCCCAACUUGCAGAAGAACCAGCAGAAGAGCCUGAACCAGCAGAGCCUGAACCAGUAGAGCCAGAACCAGCAGAGGCUGAGCCAACAGAGGCUGAACCAGCAGAGCCAGAACCAGUAGACACUGAACCAGCAGAGGCUGAACCAGUAGAAGCUUAACCAGCAGAACCUGAACCAGCAGAACCUGGGCCUGAACCCCCAGAGGAGCCCAAAGAGCCUUACUGGAAUAACCAAGGAAGAAGAGAUGCAAUGAGAAACAUUGAAGAGAUUAAAAAACACAAUUAUUGUCCAAUUAACCUCAGUAAAGAAGAAUCCCAUCUAAAACCUUACAACAAUAAAUACAAAAUCAAAUGCUCCCUUCAAACAGUAAAACAAUUGUCUACUAUGUGGUAUUUUGUAUAUUAACUGCAUGUUUAACUCGGAAAGACCAACUGUUCCAUGUUGCAGUUGAAAUAUAAAAAUAUGAUAGUUACUUCAAAAUUAACCCAUCUGUGCUGAGAUCUGUCUGAGGGUAUUUUUCCCCAUCAAUAUGUUUAAUAAAAUAGCAUAGGGCCUUUCAGAAACCUGUAUCUAAACCCACAGUGACACCUGCAGGUUACAAUGCAUAUUACUGCUUGUUUUGAUGGUGAUUAAUCUGGACAUGUAAAUGAUUUCAAGUCUCUAAGGCGAUCACUUACA